AUGCCUACUAUUGGUGUUAAACGAAGUUUACUUUUUAAAGAACUUGGCCAAACAUACACUGACAAAGAAUUUGACCAAUUAUGUUUUGAUUAUGGAUUGGAAUUAGAUGAUAUUGAACCUAUCCCGGAGAGCAAUGGUGAAGAUGUGGAAUAUAAAAUUGAAAUUCCAGCUAAUCGCUAUGAUAUACUUUGCUUGGAAGGCUUGAGUCGGGCAUUACAGAUCUUCUUAAAAAAAGCUGAAAUACCAAAAUUUACUUUAUCCAAUCAAAAGUUUAUUCGAAUGAAAAUUCUACCGAAUACUCAACGUAUUCGUCCGAUUGUUGUUGGCGCAGUUCUUCGUAACAUAACAUUUGACGCCGAUAGUUAUAAUAGUUUUAUAAAAUUACAAGAUAAACUUCAUCAAAAUUUGUGUCGCAAUCGAACAUUAGUCGCUAUAGGCACUCACGAUCUUGAUACCAUUCAACAACCAUUCGUAUACGAUGCUCGAGAGCCUCAACAAAUUAAAUUUCGUUCAUUAAAUCAAAAGAUUGAAAUGCGCGCCGAUGAAAUGAUGGAAUUUUAUCUUAAAGAUACACAUCUCAAACGAUAUGUUUCCAUUAUUCAAGAUUCUGAUGUCUAUCCAGUUAUUUAUGAUUCUAAUAAUGUUGUUUUGUCACUUCCACCUUUAAUUAAUGGUGAUCAUAGUAAAAUGAGUGUUAAAACAAAGAAUAUUUUUAUUGAAUGUACGGCAGUUGAUGCACAUAAGGCAAAUGUUGUACUUAAUACCAUGUUAACAAUGUUCGCUCAAUAUUGCAGUAAACCAUUUGAAAUUGAACCAGUUGAAGUUGAACAAGUCGAUGGAAAAGUUAUUGUUUAUCCGGAUUUAAGUGAUCGAUCUCAAGAUGUAUCAGUGCAAAAGAUCAAUCAACGUAUCGGCAUUAAUGUCAAUGCGGACAAGGCUGCAGAACUUUUAAAUCGCAUGUGUCUUCGAGCGAACGUCAUUGACUCGGAUACACUUCGAGUCGACAUACCAGUAACUCGAGCGGACAUUCUUCAUUUCUGCGAUAUAGCAGAAGAUUGUGCAGUAGCCUAUGGCUUUAAUAAUAUUAUUAAAACAGUACCGAAAACAAGUUGCAUUGGAAAUCAAUUUGAACUUAAUCGAGUAUCUGAUCUUCUUCGUCAUGCCGUUGCAGAAGCUGGUUUUAUGGAAGCAUUAACAUUUACUUUAUGCUCGUGUCCAGAUGUAGCGGAAAAAUUUGGAAAAAAGAUUGAAAAUAUUCCCGCAGUACAUAUUGCAAAUCCAAAAACGCUGGAGUUUCAGAUUGGUCGAACAUCACUUUUACCAGGCUUAUUAAAAACAAUCGCAAACAAUCAAGGUACUGCAUUACCUAUUCAACUCUUCGAAGUAUCCGAUGUUAUUCUCAAAGAUGCAAGUCAAGAAAUUGGUUGUCGAAACGAGCGACAUUUAUGUGCCGUCUUUUAUAAUAAAACACCAGGCUUCGAAACCAUUCAUGGUUUACUCGAUCGGGUCAUGACAUCACUUAAAGUAACAUAUAAUGAAAAUCGAACUAAUGAUAAAGGCUAUUAUUUAAACAAUGAAUGCGAAGAUUCGGCAUUUUUUCCAGGACGUCAUGCGCAAGUCAUGGUUUGUGGUGCAAAUAUUGGUGUUGUUGGCGUUCUUCAUCCUAACGUUAUUGAAAAUUUCGGUUUAAGAUUACCAUGUUCUAUACUUGAAAUAAACAUUGAGUCAUUUGUUUGA